AUGGAAGUAAUGUCAGUAUUUUUAUUAUUAAUACUUAUACCAGAAAGUAAUUGUUUACAGAUUGACAGUCCGUGUAUAAUAGACACCCGAGUAGAAAAUAUUAAGUUUAUUGGGAAAAAAGGAAUUGUUGGUUCAAAAUCUCAAAUAGCGAAAUUGUGUUACGAUGAUGUUCCUGAAAAAAAUAGAAAUGUUUUAGCUUAUUCAACUCAUACUUCUUGUUAUUUUCCUCUUCCUUCAUUUUCUCAAAUUUUUCAAGGACGAGAAUUUCCUCGAUGUGGAAUUUGUAUUAGACUUAGUGGUCCUUCUUUAAAAUCAUCAAUUUGUACAAUAGUUGGUGCAACAGUAAUGAAUGUAACAACAGAAGAAGAAAAGUUAUCAUAUUUAAGGACAAUGUUUGUAGAUGAAGAAAUGUUUCAACACCUAUCAGGAUUUUAUAAUAACUAUGGAGAAGGUUCAUCAUUACCAGUUGUUGCACAAGUUGUUAAUUGUCCAUAUAAAACAGUUCCUUCUGCUGUAGUUAAAUCAAUAAAAGAAGAAGGGGAUAAUUAUAAUACAGAAGUUAUUUUAUUUAAUACAAAUCUUAUUAUUGAUAAAAUAGAACUCAAAGGGUCUUAUUACUAUUUAAAUGCAACUUCAUGUCUUUUUAAUUUAAUCGUUCCAAAGUCAUUUACUUCAGGGAUACUAAAAUUGUAUGACUUUGUUGGUGAUGCAUUAGCACUUCCAUUUAAAUUAGAAUUAUCAACAAUUCAAACUGCUUCAAGUUCAUUACCUGGAAGUUUAAAAGAUACUCCAUGUUAUCUUCGAUUAGAAACACAAAUCCUUAAUACUACAGAAAUAGUAGAUCCAUAUUUUUCAUGGAAAUUAUAUGUUCAUAGUCAAUCAAAUUAUAAUGAAGUUAUUCAAGUAGAUUUAAAGAAUCCAACAAUUCACUUCGAUAACGAAAUAUAUAUAUCUUUAGUCUAUCCUUAUCCAGUAAAAAUUAGUAAACAUUAUUCAUAUUUAUAUUCUGAUUAUUUUAUUAAUAAACCUUUAGUAAAAGAACCAGAAUUUAAAACUUUUGCAUUUAUUGAUUCAAUUGAAAAUUCAAUUGAAACAAAUUGUUUAAACUCAUUUGCUUUAAAUAAACAAGUACUAUUUGAGAAUAAUUAUUAUAGAAUUAAAAGUCAAUUAAGUAUGAAAGUAGCUCGUUGUUAUGCUCAAAUAAAUAAUAUUGUUGUUCAUUAUAUAACAAAUCAAGAUAACUCGGUUAUUACUUUUAAUAAAAUGUUUCUUUAUCCAAUCAAUGAUUUAAAUUUCACUGAAUGUCCUAUUGGAACUUUUCAAUGUUCUUUUGAAGAUGAAUGUAAUCCAACAAAUUCAACUAUUGAACCAACUAAUGGAGAACUUAUUAAAAAUUAUUCUGAUGGUUGUGUCCCUUUUUGUGGUACUUGUAAAUUCGGAUUUUCUUGUAACAAAGCUGCUAAGUGUGUUAGAACUAUUUCUUUAAAUUUAAGAAAUCAAUCAUUUGGUACUUUCCUUUUUGUAGCUUUAUUGUUAAUUUUUAUUAUUUGA